AUGUCAGAUUCCAACACAUCUGAGUUCACCAACCCCUCCACUUUCAUCCUUCUGGGUAUCCCUGGCCUGGAGUGGGCCCAUGUCUGGAUCGCCAUCCCUUUCUGCAUCAUGUACAUCAUAACCAUCUUGGGGAACAUCACCAUCCUGUUCAUUGUGAAGACAGAGCCGAGCCUCCAUGAGCCCAUGUACUAUUUCCUCUCCAUGCUGGCCAUCACUGACUUGGUCCUGUCCACAGCUACCGUGCCCACAAUACUGAGCAAUUUCUGGCUCAAUUCCAGAGAAAUCGAGUUCAGUGCCUGCCUCGCCCAGCUGUACUUCGUUCAUUCCUUCUCAGUGAUUGAGUCUGGGAUAUUGGUGGCCAUGGGUUUGGAUCGCUAUGUGGCCAUCUGCCAUCCCCUGAGACAUUCCACCAUCCUGAAUAACCUCCUGGUGGCCAAGAUCGGCCUGGCCAUGGUGCUGCGAGGUGUCAUACUUGUACUGCCCUUUCCCAUCCUGGCAAGGCAGUGGCCGUAUUGCAGAACCAACGUCAUCCCCUACACGCACUGUGAGCACAUGGACGUGGUGAAUCUGGCCUGCGCUGACAUCCGUGUCAGUCGUAACUACGGCCUCUUUGUGGUGUUCUGUGGGGAUACUCUGGAUAUGUUUCUUAUCGCUGUGUCCUAUAUUCUGAUCCUCAGGGCCGUCUACAAACUCCCCACAAAGGACGCCCGGCUCAAGACUUUUGGGACCUGCACUUCCCACGUGUGUGUCAUCUUAGCCUUUUACACUCCAAAUCUCUUCAGCUCCCUCACGACCCGCUUUGGCCUCAAUAUACCCCUGCAUGUCUACAUUCUUAUUUCUAACAUUUACCUUCUGGUGCCGCCCAUGCUAAAUCCUAUCAUCUACGGGGUGAGGACCAAACAGAUCCGGGACAGGCUGCUCUGGCUUUUUACUCUGAAAGGGACCUAA